AUGGCCCCACCAGUUCCAGUAUAUUCAUUAAAUGAUAUUAAAUCAAAAUAUAAACAACAAUUAACUGAACCAGAGAAAUAUCAAUGUCAUUUAAAAUCAAUAACUCAACAUGAAUGUACAUUUAAACCAGAUCCAAAUAGAAUAAAUCAACCAGAAAUAAUAUGUUUACCAUUUAAAAGAAUAUUUCAAAGAUGUUUAAUUGAUACUAAACAGAAGAUAGAUGGUAAGAAAGUUAUACUGAAGAAAUGGAUUAAUAUUGAAAUAACAAAUAAUCAAACUAAUAAAGAUUUAUUAAUAACCCAUGGCAAUAUUGUUAAAGAAUUUAUGAAUGCAGAACAAGAAUUUAAGAAAUUAAUGGAAAUUGAAUCAGAUGGAAGUUUAUAG